ACGAAAAAUCGGUUAGAGGUAAAUUUGAAGCUGUUUAUCGAGUGGAAGUGAGGUUUAUUUCCAAUUGAUGUUUUUAACUCUUAAUGUUUUAUCUUGUCAUAAUUUUUUGCGUAUUUUAAAUACUGAUAUUUGCUUAUGAUAUUUUAAUUGCUUAAUUUCGAAGCUUUUUAACUGUAUUAUCAUGGGCGACCGAACGAAAUAUGAAGAACUUCAACAGAUGAUAACUAAUCCAAAAUCAAAAGUGACAUAUCGUCGAGGAUGCUUUUUAGGAAAAGGUGGAUUUGCCAGGUGUUACGAAUUCAAAAAUGUUGCAACAGGAGAAACAUUCGCUGGAAAAGUCGUUUCGAAAACGAUGCUGAUAAAACCACAUCACAAAGAAAAAAUGUUUCAAGAAAUUCAGAUUCACAGCUCCCUCUCUCAUAAAUACAUCGUAUCUCUUCACAGUUAUUUUGAAGAUGAAAGUAAUAUGUAUAUAAUUUUGGAACUCUGCCGAAAGCGAUCGCUGAUGGAAAUGCAUAAACGAAGAAAAACUCUUACCGUUCCUGAAGUUCGCUAUUUCAUGCGACAGAUAGUAUUGGCAUGCAAGUAUAUGCAUGACAAUAAGGUAAUCCAUCGAGAUUUGAAGCUUGGAAACUUGUUCAUAAAUGAUGAAAUGGAAAUCAAAGUUGGAGAUUUUGGAUUAGCCACUCGUAUUAAUCAUGAUGGAGAGAGAAAGAAGACUCUUUGUGGAACCCCAAAUUAUAUUGCACCUGAAAUCUUAACUAAAAGAGGGCAUAGUUAUGAAGUCGACAUAUGGUCCCUUGGUUGCAUUAUGUAUACUUUGCUUGUUGGUUCUCCUCCUUUUGAAACUAGUACUUUGCAGAGUACAUAUAAAAAAAUAAAGAAGUGUGAAUACUUUCUACCUCCAAGGUUGGAUCGCAGUGCUCGACUGUUGAUACAAAAGCUACUUCAUCCUGAUCCAGAUAUGAGACCAAGUUCAGACACAAUACUUAUGGAUGAAUUUCUGACAUCUGGCUACAUUCCAUCACGCUUGCCAACAUCCUGUCUUACCAUGCAACCUAGAUUCUCACACAACAUGUCCCUCUGUGAGGUUUCUAAAAUUUCAAGUCGUCCACCCCUGGUAGAUACUGUGAAUGUACCUAAAGCAAUUCCUGAAAAACCCUUGGAGGCAGCCGAAAUGCAAACAGCAGCAGCUAAAAUAGAUGAAGUUUUCAAGAACCAGAGCUGUAUGCCUAAAGAUUAUCAUUUGGGAGAUUUAUUACAAAUGUUAGAGAAGGUAAUUGAUUCUAAACCUGAGUCACAUUAUACUGGUCAGCCUGAAGAUGCCCAAGAUCCCUCAGCAGUUCCAUUUGUUUGGAUAAGCAAAUGGGUUGAUUAUACUGACAAAUAUGGAAUUGGUUACCAAUUAUGUGAUAACAGCAUUGGUGUAUUCUUUAAUGAUGGUACACAUUUAGUUUUGCUUGCAGAUGGUGAAAGCCUCCAAUAUAUUGAACGAAAUAAUGAAGAGCAGUAUUAUACAAUGCAUAAUCAUCCAGUAGAGAUGAAUAAAAAGAUCACACUUCUGAAUUACUUCAAUACUUAUAUGACUGACAAUUUAGUGAAGGCUGGAGAAAGUGCUAAACCUCGAGAAUGUGAUGAAAUGGCCCAUGUACCUCAUUUACGAGCAUGGUUUAGAACCAAGUCUGCAAUCAUUUUCCAUCUGACCAAUGGUACAUUCCAAGCCAAUUUUUUUAAAGACCAUGCUAAGAUAAUUUUAUGUCCUCUAAUGAGUGCUGUUUCAUUAAUUGAUGAACAUCGCGACUUCACGGUAUACACUUUGCAACUAAUCGAAAAAUAUGGUUGCUCUUCAGCAUUAGCAUCGCGUUUGCGCUAUGCUAAAAAUAUGGUUGAGAAAUUAUAUAAAGACAUAAUAUCUUCUGAGAAUGAUAAAUUGGCAACAGCUACAAAGAAGAAUUAAUGUUUCCUUUGUUUUUAAGAUUUGCUGAAGGCAUAAUAAGAAUAUCCAGUAAAUACUAUGUUGCUAAGAAUUAGGUGAUAUUUAUCUUAUCUAUGUAUUAUCUAGGUUUCACCUAAUGUAAAAUAUAUUCAAUUUUGUAUUCAAGGGUAUUUCUACUGGAUAUUUUUUUCAUUUACUCUGUGUAAAUGUUGAUAAUUUUUUAAUUGUUUCAUUUCUUACUAAACAUUAUUUUUGCAUAUAUUUACUUUUUUUGC